AGCCCUCACCGUGGGUAGUUGUCUCCGUUAUGGCGUCGGCACUUCGAGCAAUGCUUUCGCUUUUGGAGUUGUGCUCACGACAACGUGCGUUUGUGUCACAGUGCAGCACGUUCUGCUUCGUUUAAACGUCGCUGAAAGUGUGACAUUUUUAUAGCGUCACCGAAACCUUUUCGCAGCAGUAAGCGCCUGCGUUUCGUGUGUUGUCGUCUGCUACACCUCGCCAAAGGGAGUCGACUGGGUAGCGCUUUCGUUCCAGUUUGCAAUAGCGGGAGUGUGCGUGAUUCUGAAAAAGGAAAAAAAGACCAUUUGCGAAGCGACAAGGUGUGGUCAACUGUGUGUUUGAGACAUCUCCCAUGAGUGCAACGCACGCGUAGAACUUUUCCUUGCCGGAGAGAAACGUCCCGUCGUUUUGCCGCGGAGUGAACUCGGCGGACCGGCGGCGGCAUGGGUAAACGCCCGCGCUCGGCGAUCGCCACGGCGGUGCCCUCUGCGCAUGCGCCAGCGCGGGGGCCCAAGAUGGCCGGCCACCUGGCCGCUCUGACUGCUGACGGUGGAAUACCACUACUGACGCGGAAGAUAGGGGACGUCAAACCGCUACCGUUCGCGUCGGUGGGCACGCUCAACGGCGUACACCUGUUCUCGCACCUGAGGGGCGCUUCCCUGCACAGCACGACCACCAAAGGAGCCAAGGCCGUCUGGAGGAGUUACCACGACAGCGUGGUGUUACUGGUGGUGACCAACAACGACAACUCGAGCGACGAGCACUUGAACCGGCUGCUGGACAACGUGUUCGCCGCCAUGGUGAUGGCCGUGGGGCUGGAGACCCUGCAGACCAUACACAACGUCGACAGGCUCAAGCGGGAACUCAGGGUUUGUUAUCCCGUGGUGGAUCAUCUGUUGUGCCAACUGGAUCAAGAUGCCUGCACACUCGGUGACCUUACGGGCGUCACCGACUUCAUCCUAUGUACAGAAAGCCAGGCGCUUCAGCACUACCUGGACACGUUCGUGGAGGAAGUGGACAGCCUGUACGGCUGCCUGCUGGUGCGGGGAAAGGUGGCCGUGGCCACCAAGCAGUGGAUGCGCCUCACCCGCGAGGAGACCACUCUGCUGGCCGUCGCCGCCCGCGCGGGCACGCGCUGCAUCUCUCGCGAAACGCCCGUCUACCUGCCCACCAGCUGCCCGCUGGUCAGCAACCGCCUGGUUACGCUGCAGUUGACGCAGGGAGUUGAACUGUGCCUUCUCUGCGGACCGGCGCCAUCCUUACCAGUUCUCGAGGAAGAGGUGUGCAGGUUCUGGAACGAAGCCUUCGACUUGCUCAAAUCGGCCUCUAGUGUGCAUCCGAGAAAUUUCCCGCUCUGCUCGACGUCCGAUAAAAAGACAGUGACGUUGCCUCCCCUGGACAAAAACAUCCUGGGGUUCCUUCUGGUAAACAUAAAGAAGCAGCGGAGCUUGACGAGCGUGCACCCCGUGGAGGACGAGAUCGGCCGCACGAGGGACGGCAAGUGCGUCAGCCUGCGCAAGCGCCAGGAGAUGCUGCGUGCGCUGUACAAGCUCGUCAGCUCCACUUACUUCACGACGACGGACGACGCUCAGGGGGCGGCCCCAAAUGCAGGCAGUUCAAGUCACCAGGCCACAGAAGUGUACAUGUGUACAGAAACGCAUAAGAACUAUGCCCUUCGAAAUAAUGAUUAUCAGCUGUACAUUUUGUUCUCAUCAUCUAUACCAACAUUUGCCAUGCGAUCUGUCAGCCACAAAACGCUCAAGGCCCUCACAACCAACAAAGUCUGUGUUCUCUGACAGUGCAGCCGUCGCCUGGCAAGACAACCUUAAUCUAGUCUGUGAUAUUUACCGAAGGAAAUCCUGUAAAGUGCCCUGCAUUUUGAUUACCUCAUGUAGAGAUAAUAUAUUUGCGCAGGACUACUGCGCCAAGGUUGUGACGAUGCUUCUGUAUAGCUUAUCUAUGAUGUUCUUGAGAGCUUGGAUGCCUUCGGCAAGAGGAGAGGAAAGUGAUUGUUAAUUGUGAUAUGACAGCUUGCCUUUCAAGGAAUUUCCUUAUGCUUGAGUGAAAUGAUGCGGAUAUUGGCUGCAACACAUUUGAUUUGCAUUUUUUUUUCGUGAUAAAUGUGCCUCACAGUAAAACGUCACUGCGAGCUUAUGCCACUGUAAAGCUUUGCCUGUAAGCUAGGUCAACCUUACCUCUACCUUUUUUUAAAAUAUGGUAUGCCCCCAUAUGAAAGAAAGAAAUUGCUUAUUAUUCAAUAGUAUCAGGAAAAUAGUGACCUUUUAUCGAAGAACUGCUAACCAUUGCUCUUAAUUUAGAAUUAAAAUGCCACAGUUUAACUAAGGUAUAGCACAUACCAAAGACAUGACAUUAUAGUGUAAUUUACUCUUACGACUAAUGAAUUUUCCAGGCUGACAGAUAAGAAAAUAAGAAUAGGAUUUUCAUGUAGAAAGUGUGCUGUUCAUUGCAGGAAUUACUUUUCUCCCCAUCAUUAAAGACCCCCCCUUUACAGUGGCGAGUUUUACCACUUGUUCUAGCAUUGUAACGAACUACUAGCAUGUCUGGUGGCCCAAACCUCCAGUUGCCACAUAAUGCGCCUCAUGAUUUAUGUUGUGAAAAAGCACGGGGCGCACACUGCUCUUUGAUUGGUAGAAAUGCGGCAUGCGCUGCGCUGGGAUUGCUGGCAAGUUUUCGCUCACGCUCAAUGCCGUUGGCUCAUUGCGUAACGGGGCCCUUAAAGCUAUCGCUUUAAUGCAUUUACGAUAGAGCCUUUGCUUUUAAUAUAAAUGGAGAUGGAUCAGCCAUAAACAAGUGCUUUUCACUUAGGAAAAGCAUGUACCAAUGUACUUAUAAGAGCAAAUAAGGCAGUAAUGGUUAGCUUACAGCAGAGAGUACGUACAACUUAAGAUAGAGUUGCAUGUAAAAAAGAACUCAGAUGUAACUAGUAAAAAUUACCCUGCUCUUAGAGAAGUUACUAGUCACAGCGACAGCAAAAGCUUUUUCAACAUCUUUGAAUGCAUGCCAUUGUAUGGUAUCAAUUACAGUCGGCUCGUAUUAAUUCAAACUCCUCGGUACCACGGAUAUUUGUUUGAGUGAUCUGUUGUAUGAUACAAAACAGAAUUAGGGAUCAUUAUAUGCACUAAGGUGGCUGAACGGUCACUGCCAGGUUUCAUAGAAUGCACAAGCACAUUUGGAAUGUCAGAGAUGUGAAUGCACAGCCAAGUUGGUGGCAAUGCUUAGCGGCACCCUCCAGCAUCAAACAAGGGCACAUCUUUGACCAUUCUGUCCUUGGAAUAUCUCAUCACCAGUUGCUUCUGGCUGCACUACUCUUGCCUGGAAAGGAUUAGCCGAAAGCCUUGUUUAAGUGAACCGGUUUCAGAAUGCAUUGAACCUUGCCAACCAAUACCUUGAGACUUGUCUGGAUUAACCGAAGUUCUGAAUUACCAGAGUUUGAAUUAUGACGAGUUGACUUCAUGAAAAGGCACCAGUACUCUGUGAAAAAGAAACGGUUAUUGAUGUUAUGUACAUACUAAUUUAUUUCUGUGACAAGAAUGCAAGCGUCGAAAGAUGGGAUGAUGUAAUGUAAAAAGCAAUCGUUCGCAAUCACACUUUUUCACUGCACAUUGCUUCGAUGAUGAGCUUGACACAAGGACUUUAUGUUCAUCAGUGUGCAACACUUCAAGAAAGGAGAAGAAGAAAAAAAAAGAAACGAAGAAUGCAAGAGUGCACGGGUAGCCAACAUACAAUGCCAAGAGAGAGAACAAGUUUAACAUUGUACAUAAACAAGCAGAUGCGAGUGGAUGGAAUCUGAUGUGUGUGUGCAUUUUCUAGUCGGCAUGAAUAAACAGGAGCUUCUAUGUUUUUUUUU